AUGUUUUUUUCUCAGUUCCCUCCAGUUGUCUACAUGCCUCAUGCCGAUGCAGCAGAUGCCCAUGCAGCCGAUGCAGGGAAUGCACCAGCCGAUGAUUGGCCGCGCCUUGGCCUCCGAGAUCGAGCCUCCGAUGGCCACCUUGAGCCUGCGGAGGGAAUGGCAAGCCGUCCGACUGAAGCCUCGCCCCGCCGGGGAAAGGCGAAGCAGCUACACGG